AGCUCUUUAUUGCUGUCAGUUCUGCUUGUGAACCUCGAUCAGACCAUCGUAGCCACUGCGCUGCCGCGCAUCGUCUCCGUCUUCAACGCACUUGACCUUGCCACGUGGGUCGCCGCAGCUUAUUUUUUGACUGAAGCGGGGCUCAUGCUCUGCGUCGGACAACUGAUCAACACGAUACCCAUCAAGACCGUCUACAUCACUUCCAUCGUGGUCUUCGAGACUGGGUCUGUGUUAUGUGGGGCGGCUCCUUCCAUGCGGGUAUUGAUCUUUGGCCGGGCAGUAGCUGGGUGUGGGGCUGCUGGUAUCACCAUCUGCUCCAUUGCGACCAUUGCAUCAUUCACGCGGCUUGAGGACCGUCCAGCGUUGUUUGGUGCGUUUGGCGCAUUGCUUGCCAUAGCGAGUAUCGUUGGCCCCCUGCUAGGCGGAGCAUUUACCGACCAUGUAUCUUGGAGGUGGUGCUUCUACAUCAACCUCCCGAUCGGCGGCCUGAGCGUGGUCAUCAUGCUCCUUUGGCUCCCAUACCGCAAGCCAGACACCUCGAUGCUGGUCGGGCGCGGCCUUUUCUCGCGCCUCAACUAUGCACUCGAUUGGGUUGGUACUUUCCUCUGUCUUGGUUUCUCUACGUGUCUCUUGCUCGGCCUCGAGUGGGGUGGAUCCGUCAAGCCCUGGAAAAGCCCAUCUGUUAUCGUGCCGCUGUGCGUAUUUGGCGUAGUUCUUGUUGUCUUUAUCGUUUGGGAAGGGUUCCGCGGUUCGCAGGCAUUAGUACCGUACUCUAUUUUUCACAGGCGGACGCAGUGCGGUGCCUCAUUGGAAGCGUUUUGGCUGCUGACGUCUCUUAUCGUCUCGGUGUAUUAUCUCCCUCUGUGGUACCAAGUCAACGGCGGAAGCAGCGUACAAUCAGGAAUCAACCUGCUUCCACUAAUGCUUUCGUUCGUUGUCUCCUCUGGUGUGGCAUCGUACAUUACCACGACUACGGGCCGAUACUGGCACAUUAUGCUCAUCACGCCGUUACUAACCGUUGCUGGCUCAGCUUUGGUAUUCACGUCCAACGCUUCGACUUCCAAUGCAAAGCUCGUUGGUUAUCAGAUCCUUAUGGGGGCUGGUCUUGGCGGUUCGUAUCAGUCCUCUUUUGUUGCCGUGCAGACCGAAUGGGCAGAUGAGGUCGAGGAGACCACUCGGGCGUCAGCUAUCCUGACGUUCAUCUCGUACUUCGGAGGAAUUGUCGGCUUGAGUAUUGCUGGCUCCAUCUACGACAACCGCCUCGGCAGUGAACUCUCACACGUCCAGGGCUUGACGCCUGAGCUUGUCGAUGCUCUCAAGCAAAGCAUCACUAUCAUCGCGACGCUUCCUGACGGUCUUCGCGAACAAGUUCGUGAGGCGUCAAUCAAAGCUCUCACAGCAAUCUUUCUUAUUCCGCUUAUCUGUUCGGCACUGGGCGCCGUAUGCGCACUGGCAAUUCGGAACCACAAUGUCAAAGAAAGGGCGAAACUCACGGAGGGUAUUGGUGGUGUCGCUGUCAUCUGAUGCGACCUACGUUGUCGGUCAAGUAGUCGUAUUGUGUUAUCCGUCUUCA